AAGUUGUUACCCGGGCGACGGAGAGACGCAGAGCUCUCCUCAGUCUAUUUUCCGAGCCCAGCCAGCAAACCGAAAACUGACCACCAAGGUAGAUCCGAGUACUCCAAGUUGGAGCUGCCCCUAUACCUUUUAAAUGUACAGAGUAUGGAAUCUGAAAAUACGAAGACUGGAAAUGUGGAAAUUGGAACUAUAUCUUCAAUUUCUGCUUUGCAAGACCUCUCUAAUCUACUUUAUCCUGAAGAAGAUGAUUCUGACUCUGGGCAGUCAAAUUGUUCAUCUGCUGUUGGAGCCAUGGGUCCUGGGAAUAUUGGACCACCAAAAGCAGAAGAGUUCAAAGUCAUCCCUCAAACCAGUGAUGAAAACAGCGAGGACAUCUGGAAUCCAGAAGAGGUUCCGGAAGGAGCAGAGUAUGAUGACAUGUGGGAUGUUCGAGAAAUCCCAGAGUAUGAGAUUAUAUUCAAACAGCAGGUAGGAACGGAGGAUGUAUACCUAGGAUUGACAAGAAAAGACUCUUCAACUGCAUGUUGUCAGGAGCUAGUGGUUAAAAUUCAACUGCCCAAUACAAACCCCUCUGAAAUUCAAAUUAAUAUCCAGGAAAUAGUCCUCGAUCUUCGAACUCCUAAUAAGAAGCUGUUGGUAAACCUUCCCCAACCUGUGGAAUGCAGCAGUGCUAAAGUAUUCUAUAUUCCAGAGAAUGAAACUCUAGAAGUCAACAUGACUAUGAAAAGAGAGUUGUAUUUUAUUAAUUUUUUCUGAGAUUGUAUGAGCAAAGAGAGAAAAGACACUGAUGACAAUUUUAAAACGUUGAAAAAAUAUUAUUGUUUUCUAUAUUCUCUUAUUUUGAUAUUUUAUU